AUGGUUAAUUCUGAAGCAAAAGCCAAAGUACUUCCCACUAUAGAUUUGUCAAAAUUAGAGGCAGGUGGCACAGAAGAAUGGGGUUUAGCAUGCAAAGAGAUGAGGCUUGGAUUAGAAGAAUUUGGUUGUUUCUCAGUGGUUUAUGACAGAGUUUCUUUGGAGCUUCAUAACUCCAUUUUUGAAGCAACAAAAGAGCUUUUUCAUCUCCCAUUAGAAACUAGAAUUAAGAACACUAGUGAAAAGCCUUACCAUGGCUAUUUUGGUGGAUACUCUGUUCUUCCUCUCUAUGAAUCCAUGGGUAUUGACAAUCCAAUUGAGCUACAAGCAACUCAGAGUUUCGCUAAUCUCAUGUGGCCUACUAAAGAAAAUAAUCACUUCUGUGGAACUGUGGAACGUUUCUCAACGUUGGUAGCGGAAUUGGAGAAGAUGGUAACAAAAAUGGUAUUGGAAAGCUAUGGACUAUCGAAGCUUGUAAAUGAGCCAAACAUGGAGUCAGCCAAUUACCUUCUUCGAUGCUUCAAAUACAGGGCGCCUGAGAAAGAUGAAACCGAUGUUGGUUUGCAUUCCCAUACAGAUCUCACUUUCUUUUCCAUAAUUCAUCAGCAUCUCAUUUCUGGUCUUCAAGUUCAAUCACUUGAUGAUCAAUGGAUUGAUAUUCAACCCUCAGGUCAUUGCUAUUUUAUUGUCAUGGCUGGCGAUGCACUCAUGGCAUGGAGCAACGAGAGAAUAAGGUCUUGUAGGCACCGAGUGAUAAUGAGAGGAGAGGAAACAAGAUACUCAAUUGGGAUGUUUUCAUUCAAGAAUGGGACGAUUGCUGUGCCUGAAGAGCUUGUGGAUGAUGCCAAUCCACUACGAUACAAGCCAUUUAAUCACUAUGAUUUCCUUACCUAUGACAAAGCCAAGGCUUCUCAUCAAAAUGUCUCUCGUAUCAAAGAUUAUUGUGGCAUUUGA